UAAAUUUUGGAAUUUGUUCUAAAGGUUGGUGGAAAAUAGAGAUGAGACCAGUAUCUGCUUUGAUUAUUACUAAACUUGGCUGAUUGGAUACUAAUUUCCUAGGGAAUAACUAUUGAAAUCUGAAAGGAGAGCCCUACUUAUGAAGAGAUGACGUGUAAUGUCCCAGAUAACAUCUCUGAAGCUUGUGCCACUCCAGACACUGACCAUGACCAGGAAUGGGCACAGGAACACUACCGACUAGGAACUUUUGUUGAAUUUCCACUUAACUGUCCGGUUUCGACAUCAGCACUAGCACAAGCUGGCUUUAUUUAUACUGGAGAAGGUGACAAAGUGAAGUGCUUCAGUUGCAAUACAACUAUUGAAGGAUGGGCGCCUGGGGAUUCUGCAGUUGAGACACACAAAAAGCUUUCCCCAAAUUGCAAAUUUAUUACUGAAUCUACUUGUCUGGAAAAUAACAUACAUCCUCGCGCUCAGAACUACCAGCAUAGAACUGAAAAUGGUUCCAGCAAUUCAGCCCUCCCAUGUACUCUGGAUGAUGCAUCUGAUGUGCAGGCAGAUUACCUCCUGAGAACUAGGCAGGUUGUGGAUAUGUCAGAUACUUUGUAUCCUAAAAACCCUGCUAUGUGCAGUGAAGAGACAAGAUUAAAGUCUUUUCACAGCUGGCCCCUCAAUAGCCAGUUGACACCAAAGGAAUUAGCUAAUGCUGGAUUCUAUUAUACAGGUGUUGAUGAUCAAGUGGCAUGUUUUUGUUGUGGUGGAAAAUUGAAAAAGUGGGAACCCAGUGACAGAGCUUGGUCAGAACACAAGAGGCAUUUUCCCAAAUGCUUUUUUGUCCUGGGCCGAGAUGUUGGAAAUGUUCCAAGUGAAUCUAUUCCUGCUGAGCUUGGGAGCAGUGGUUUGAACAGUGCACAGCAUCCAAGGAAUCCAUCUAUGGCAAAAUAUGGAAGACGUUUACAAACAUUUUUAACUUGGAUAUAUCCUGUUGACAAGGAGCAACUUGCUGAAGCUGGUUUCUAUAGCAUAGGUAAUGGUGAUCAUGUGGUUUGUUUCCACUGUGGUGGAGGAUUGCAAGAAUGGAAGGAAAAUGAAGACCCAUGGGAUCAACAUGCCAAAUGGUUUCCUGGGUGCAGAUUUGUGAGAAAGGAAAAGGGGCUAGAAUUUAUAAAUAAUGUUCACUUAAGAGAUGGAUAUAGGGAUUCAACAACAGAAGCUGCUGAAGGGACAGUACUUCCUAAAGAUGAUCUCUUACAGAAUCCUUUGGUACAAGGUGCCAUAGACAUGGGUUUCAGUUUGUCUGAGAUUAGGAACACCAUGGAAAAGAGAUUGCAGAUGUCUGGAGAAAGUCACACAUCUGUUGAGGAUCUGGUAGCAGACUUAAUAAGUGCUCAAAAAGAAAAUACAAGGGAAGAAGGACCAAAUGAAAUCCCAGUUGAGCAAGAUGAGCUUAUUCAAUUACAAAACCUCUAUCUCAGUACUGAAGAGAAGUUAAGACGCUUGCAGGAAGAAAAGCUUUGUAAAAUCUGUAUGGCUAAAGACAUAUCAGUCGCCCUCAUUCCCUGUGGUCACCUAGUUGCCUGUAAGGAAUGUGCUGAAGCACUUAAUGAAUGCCCUCUGUGUCGUACAAAUAUUAUGAAAAGACAGGAAAUUUUUAUGUAUUAGUGAAAUAUACAGCACUGUGAAUGCAAACGUUUCUUGCUUUAUUGCUUUAAAUACAUGUAAUGUAUGUAAAAAAUGCAGUUAAUUCCAGGAUCUAAUCAUAUGGCAGUACUUAGAUUUUUCUGCUGUCAAACUCUACAUACAUUUUAACAUUUAAAUAGUUAUUUUCCUUAAGCGAAUUUUUUGUAUGUAAAAAACAAUAUUAAAAGGCAAAUAUGUAUAUUCUGUAACUUCAAUUCAUAAACCCGAUUUGAGAAAGCCUAAGUAAUGCAAAGCUUUAUUUAUGUGAUCAUUCCUUUGCUUCACUUUGGUAGGACUCUGUACAACUGAAGUUUAUGCAAAUACAGUUGUAUAAAGGGUCAGGCCCUAUAUAAAAUUUGUAAAUAAGUGAAUUUUAAAAAUUGUUAUAUACAUGUAUAUUAUAUCUGAGAUUUUAGCUUCUCAAAAAUGUUAUGUAAGAUUGAAAAUGUUAUCUUAUUUCUGUAACCUUGGUUGUGACAUAAUUCAGAGAAUAUGCGUAAACCUGCUGCUGCAAUAUUUCACCUUAUGUUUGCUACUGCUACUUUUUAAGUUUGUCUGUUUUGAUAUAUAAUUCCUGUCUCCUCAUUUAUUUUUUCUGGUUUAGAUGUAUAAAUUGGAUUCCAUAAACUCAUUUUAGCGAUCCAUUUUUCACAAAAAUCCUUCUGGUUAUAAAAGUACAUUAAUUUCAUUCCUUAAAAGAGAACUCAACAGAAAUGAAGGAGAUUUUGUGUACCUUGUGCCCUUCAUGGAAGGAGUGGUCUCAUUUUAAACUUGCCCCCCUACACAAAAACGUGUUCAUUGUUUGAUUUUUUUCUUGUUUUUUUAACAUUGUGCAUUAUCCUAACUCAUUUAUCUGCUAAUACUUUGCAGUGUUUCUGUUUGUCUAUUUUUUCAUAAGAGAUUAAACUCUAUCUCCAUGAAAAUGCUUUUUUCUAAAUUUUAUUUUUAAUUCACAAGUAACAUUAGAAAUCUUUCAUUUUUGUUCUUGUCAGUUUGCAGCAUUUAAAUUAAAGUUAAGAACUAUUCUAGUGAGAGUCACCUUAAAAUACUUAAUAAUCUAUUUCUUACUGGGCUGACCCUCAAUUCUCCAAUUAAAAAAGUAUCAUAGCUUUGUAUUUAAGUACAGCUGGUUUACGAUCUCUCUACUUAAUUAUGUGACUUCCUUAUUUUGUGGAGCUACUAAGAUGUUCUGUGCAUAUAUUUUUAUCUUUGAGUCCUACACACUGAGAGAUUCAGAAUAUACAGAAUAUAGUUUUUCAUGAUAAAACUUUUGAAUUCACUUAACAGAAAUUUAGUGUCUACUUUUUCUAUUUUUAAAUAUGCGCUGUGAUUAUAUGCUGUUGUAAUGUUAUGAAUAUUUAAAAUAAAGUGCAAUCCAGUUGUUCCUUGAUCAGCAUAUUUGAUGGUCACAUGCAAAAAAAAAAAA